CGCUGCUGCGAGGUGCCGGGCUGAGGUCGCGGCCGAUUUCGUACCUUCCCGCGCGGGCGCCGGCUCUGCCAACUGUAGGCGAGCCCGGCCGCGCGCGAUUAAGUCGGCCUGGGCUCCGCCGCCAUGAAGGUGAAGAUCAAGUGCUGGAACGGCGUGGCCACCUGGCUCUGGGUGGCCAACGACGAGAACUGCGGCAUCUGCCGGAUGGCCUUCAAUGGCUGCUGCCCGGACUGUAAGGUGCCCGGCGACGACUGCCCGCUGGUGUGGGGCCAGUGCUCCCACUGCUUCCACAUGCACUGCAUCCUCAAGUGGCUGAACGCGCAGCAGGUGCAGCAGCACUGCCCCAUGUGCCGCCAGGAGUGGAAGUUCAAGGAGUGAGCCGCCCGCCCGCUGCGGGGCGGGGGCUGGAGCUGCGUGUUGUCACGACGCUGACACCUCAUCCAAAUAAGUAAAACUCAUUAAACUGCCUGAGCCUUGCUGGAGGCCUCUUGCCUGUUUUCUUGGCGCUGACGUGGCCGCGGGGCAUGUGGAUAUGAAAACUCUCAUGAAUAAACAUCUCUGUGGUGCUGCUGCGGCCCUGAGUCACACUCCAGCUGCCGAAGGAGCCCAGGAUCAGCCAGGAGAGCGGGGAGCAGGAGUGACUUGGCUCGGGGACUGGAAGGGCCUGGAGGUACAAAGGCCCUGGGGUAUGUUCCUGCCAACGGGAAGUGAAGGGGCUGUGGUGCAGAGGCCUAUGGUCCAUCAGCCACCUUCUCACCUGAUGGAAGCCAGGCUGCUUGGUAGGGCCCUGGCUGGGCAUAGCUGGCAGCCACUGCCCACAGCCCCUCCUGCAAGAAGGUUUUCCCAGAGCAGGUGCUGGUUGUACCAAGAGGCUACGCUACGAAGCUGUGCCAGCCAGUGAGGGUCCGUGGUGGUGUCUCAGUCCCUUCUCCCUUGCU